UGACCAAAUCAAAUCGUUGCAAUGACUCGCCUCUACGCCCGUGGUCGUGUACUCUCACACCAAAGAGGAAAGCGUAUUACGCACCCAAAGACCUCAUUAAUCCAAAUUGAGGGUGCACAAAAGAUCGAGGAUGCCAAGUUCUACCUCGGUAAGAGAAUUGCAUACGUAUACAAGGGUAAGAAGGCUGUAAAUGGUUCAAAGGUCCGUGUUAUUUGGGGAAAGUGCACUCGUACCCACGGUAACUCUGGUGCUGUACGUGCAAAGUUUGCAUCAAACCUUCCACCACGUACAUUCGGUGCUUCAUGUCGCAUCAUGCUCUACCCAUCAAGUAUUUAAAUUUUUUUUAAAUUGUAAAUGUUUGAUGAACGACGAGUAUUCGG